UCUAACCAUUUUAAGACCAAAGUGCAUUAGGUCUUAUGAAAUAAACAAAAAAGCUCUUGAAAAUAAACAAAUUAGGGAAACUCGCACUCGCAAAAUAUGUUUCUUUAAAAGGUUGCAGGGCACGAGUGCUUCCCCUAAGUCUUUGGCUUCACCAGAGUAAUUAAAAGCAGCGGUACGGUGCUGUUUAGUUGCAGUAAUGUCAGGCAGGCAGAAGGUGUGCCCUGCCCAGGACCGUGCCCGGCACCUUCAUUUCCUGACCCCGGCACAGGCCGGCCGCCGUGUCUGCUCGCACGGUUCUGCCUCUCUGCUCUUAAUAAUAAUAAUAAUAAUAAUGAUGAUGCAGCCGUAAUGCCUGUCCCACACGUAUGUUUUAUGUAAAGCAUGGUUAAUACUGGAAAGUGUGAUUUACAUCUGAAUAUAGUGGAGUCUUUUCUCAUUAGGAGGCAGGUUUCUUGCAGUUCUCUAAGAAACAUAUUUUCUUUUCCAUCCAGUUAUAAUGAUCAUGUGAGACGUGACAAGGAAACAGGAGCGCAGGACCAAAAGCCAUCUGUUUCUUUUUUGGUAUUUCAUAUUGCAUGGAGCAAGAAGGUGGCAAAGCUUAUACGCUUAAACAUGGGGGUAUAAAAUAUGACAGUAACAUUUAACAUGCUGUAAAGAAAUGUCUCUGAACCAAAACCAGAUUUAUUUUUUUUUUUUUAAUUUUUUUAACCAGGACCUCUUACCACAGCUAUAGUAAAACUGACUGCCACUUGUGUUUGUUAAAAACUUUGCUUUCAAGAUAUUUUAUAUAUUUAGUUUAGACAGUGCAAGUGGGUGGAAAGUCAGCUUCCAUUCCUGAAAAUAAGUAGUUUCUUCUUCAAAUUUCUGAUACUGCUUUUUUUUGUUUGUUUAUUAUUAUUCCACUUGGUGCCACUCCUGAGACUAAUUUUAUAAGUAAAAUUUGGUUCCAUUUUAAAAACUGAAGUUUACUGCUCAUUCUGGAGGUAGAAUGUAAAUGUUGAAUAGAUUUCACUGAUAUUUAACAUUAUGAAACGUGGCCUUCUGCACGCAGUUAGACUUCUGGCAUUCUCAGGUACGCCCAUACGAAGCCUAGCAGUGCUUUCCUCUGCAGUUUAUUCCAACCGGCUGUAUUCUGCCCUCUGUAUUUCUGCUUGCCCUAUGACCUUCUGCUGUAUUUACCCAAAGCGUGGCUUUCCACCCUGCAGAAUGCACAAUGGGGGGACUCUGGCCAGGAAUAAGACCCCGCGGAGGAUUUUAAAGCCACGCACCGCUGUUAGAUGUGAAAGCAGCACCCUGACAUCAAGGGGGUUGUGCACAUCUUGUGCUGGCAUUGAGCUGCUUGUGGCCGACCCCUUCAGUGCUUUCCCCUCACACGUUCUGUACCUUUGCAGCCUUCAACUGCCCCGUUUGGCUGCAGUACCCCCACUGUGGAUGACCAGAUUAAAAAGCACCGCCACAAGUAUACCUGGAACUUAGAAAGGAAAGGGACAUAAUUGCCCUCUCUUUCAUCUCAGGACUGAAGUGCCUUUUCAAUCAGAGAUUUCCACUGCUUGCUAAAGACUAUUCAGAUGAGAAGAAUACCUUUGGGAUAUUUGGGCUAGUUAGCACUCACUUCCCUUUUUUCCACAUUAACAGAAUAGACCUCUUUGUAAGAUCACCCAAUUUUUUAGACCUUUCUAAAAGUUUAGGUCAGUCUUGGAAUCCUGUGCUUUUGUUGGCCUGUCACCAGUUGGAUCACGUUUAUAGAGAGUCUAUUUUUUCCCUUAACUACUUGCAUAGCCCCUUUUCUCUUUUGUGGUGCAAGCCAGAAUUCCUGGAAGCAGGUUUUACUGCCUGCGGAAUCUCACUGGCUGCCUUCUCCAUGGACGUCUCCCUCUUCCACUGGCUGAAUGCCACACUGCGAUUUAUAAUUUAUUCAGUGGAUCCAUUACUGAUUCUCUGUGUAUGUUUUUUGUCUAGACUGAGGAAGGGCAAAAAGUCAUUCCGCCUAAAUCUGCUUGGGAGCUGUCAGAGAGAGGCAUCCUCUCACAGAUAGAAGAAGUAGUGACGGUUGACUUCCAGACACUUGCACCAGAGUUUAAAGAUAUUUACUCUUCAAAAGAUAAUACAGUAUCAAAAGAGGACUUCUGGGAUAUAUGUAACUGACAUUUUCAGCAGCUGACUGAAGAAAAUUUGAAAAUCUUUGGAACACGGUGGAUGUCAGUGCUGGUGGACGGUUGAAGUAUCAGGACUUUUUGAAGAAGUUCAGCUCAGAACUUGUAACGAUGCCAUCAAGUACUCCCAGUGCAACUGGUUCUGCACCUUCUACCAGGCCAGCCGCCCGUGCCGGGCAGGACCCACGCACCUCUUCUCAGCCUGAACGUCCCAAGACAUCUCCUCCAGUAGGGCGAAAGAGUACACCAGCAUCCAGUUGUCCUCAGACAGCACCUUGUUCUGCACCUGUCCUGAACUGCGAAACAAUAGAAAAGAAGAUAAGAAAGAGCAUCCAGCAUUCCUGGAGAGGCAUACUGAGAGCCUGCAAAGAGAAGGAUGUCAGCAAGCGAGGAGAAAUCCCAGUGUCAGACUUCCUCGAUAUAGCAGAGAAGUUCAGUUUGGAUUUAAGUGAAGGGGAAAUCAGCCAAAUAACCACAAAAUAUGAUUUAAAGAAAAACGGAAAAUUUGCAUACUAUGACUUCCUUCAGAGCAGUAUCUUGUUGUUAAAACCACAGGAAAGCUCACUGCUACAGAGGGUGAUUAUACGGAAGCCACAAAAGCCGCUGAGCCCUGGACCACAAACCACGUCAUUCUGCAGUGCAAUGCUCAGGAUUCAGCCCCAGAUCCUGCACUGCUGGAGACCAAUGAAGCGAACUUUCCAAUCCUACGAUGAAAGUCGUACUGGACUGUUAAAUAUCGCAGAUUUCAGACAAGUUCUUCACGAAUACCACAUCAACCUCUCUGAAGAGGAGUUAUUCAACAUUUUGGAAUAUUAUGAUAAAACUUUGUCUUCAAAAAUAUCCUAUAAUGAUUUUCUCCAAGCAUUUGUUCAGUAAGAUUUGGUCAAAUGCAGGAAAGCCUAGAUAAAGAC